AUGAACGACAGGGACCACUCUGCCGCCCACGACGACCCAGCCAGUUUCCAGGAGCAUCUCCCUCGCUACUUCGCAAAGUCAGGACACAUCGACGCCGACCCCAAGAAGACAAAGAAGGACGGUGGCGGCAAAGGCAACUGGGGCCGCUCCGGAGACGAAGUACAUGACUACGGAUACACAUUCACCAACUCUCGCCGUCGGUCCAACAGCAGUACCCAUGGUCUCGCUGACUUCAAGACCAAGUUCGAGACACACGAGCCCGAACCCGUCUUUGAAGAAGAAACACAGGAGGAAGAUGGUCAGAUGAAUGGUGCUAACCUUGCUCGCACCGAUUCCAGCUCCAGCGGAGAGGCUCGAAAGUCGUCAUAA